AUGUCUGGAUAUUAUCAUUUUAAUUUGGCAGAUCGAACAAUACGUAACUAUCCUGGCAGUCCACAUCCACUAGGUGCACAUUAUGACGGUAAUGGAACCAAUUUUGCAUUAUAUUCUGAACACGCUACGAAAGUUGAAUUGUGUUUAUUUCGAAAAAGUCAUGAUGAGCAACAAGAAUUUGUUGAAUAUGCUCGAAUUAAGAUUAAAGGUAAAAUUUGCGUUUUUUGUACAGCAAAUAUAUAGUUGUCGAAGAGUAAAAAUGUUGAUUUCGUUUGGUGACAUGCAAACGAUAAUGUCCAGGAAAUUUUGAAAAUGAGAGGACAUAUACCUGAAAUGAAACUGUUUUUCAGUAUCUGUUAGCUCAUACUGCCCUUCCGAAUGUAAAAUUACUAUCAGAGAGUCACUUUUUUGUCAUCACAAUCACUUCUUAUCAUCAAGUCUUGAAACUUGUUACAAGUGCAGCCAUUAAUGCCUUUCUCUGGUCUUUACCGGGUCUGCAGAUCAUAAUCCUGCUUCUAAAGCUACUUCAAACUUCUUUUAUCUCUAACUACCAUUUCAUCGCUCACCAUAGGCAAAGGUUUAAUGGAAAUUUCGUUAGAUUAUAUAGAAUUGAUUAUACUAAUUACGGAUAACAAUUUUUCUGUUUGAAAAAACAAGUCUGAAGGCGAAUUUUUCUUAAAAAUCAAGUCUCUACGCCCAAUAAUCGUUGCAACGAUUAUCGAGCUAUGGAUGGAGAGAGUACUUUGUAAACCACACUGUCGGAAAGAGCGCAUACGAAAAUCUAUGAAAAUAGUUUUCGUAGGCUUUCAAACUGCUUUCUAAAUGAAAAAUCCCAGUACCUAGCCAAAAUUGCUACGGAAAUGCUGCAAAUGUGUCAUUCAUUAAAUCGAAAUAUUUUUUUGCGCAUAAAAACAUAUAGCUGACAUAUCAUUGGACGCAGUUCCUAGCGCUGAUUCGAAAUAUGCAAUUUUUAUUGAAUAAUACGUUGCUGAGUCGAGAAAAAUAGAAAAUAUCUGGCAAACCAAGGGUAUUUUGAAGAAGCUACUAUACGGUACAGGUGCAUUUAUGCAUGUUUAUGCAUUCACCAUAUAUGGAGGACAUGUAGAAGAACAUUGGAUGUUGUCGAACAUUCUGUAAAAGUUUGAACGAGUUUCGAGUUGGGCUGUGGAGGGGGGCUCAUUUUACUGAAACUAUUAGUGUGGGAAAACAAUAAAGGGUAGCCCAGAAGUCCUGACCCGAUUUGAAUAAUAAAUUUUUGUAUAGUGAAACAAGUGGUUGUAAAUUCGUCUCUAUGAAGAAACGAUGCAGUAAAAAACUCUCUACAAGAUGACUAUUGAUUGACCCUGUUAGCUCAUCUAGUAAUAAAGUUAUACGCUUAGAAAUGUGCUUCACAAAAAAGAAAAAUCAACCGUGAACCCGGUCCAUAUGGUGGUGCUUUCAGUAAAAGUCCCAUAACUUCAUCAAAACAAAACGUUUUUCGAUCGGGUUUGUUUUGCUUUGAUCAGAAAUGAUU